AUGUCCGGCCUACGCGUGCGCACGCCCAAGAAGGCGCGCGCGCGCCCUCCAGCAAAGGACAACUACGACGAGGCGAUCGAGGAGUACGAGCGGGAGCAGAACCCCAAGGCGAUCAAGAAUCGCGUGCGCAAGGCGCAAAAGGCGGCGGAGCAGGCGCUCGUGACGGGCGACAAGAUGGCGCGCUGCGGCGCGGCGCUCAAGCUGCUCGGCUUGCGCGACGACGCGUACUGGUUCCAGGAGCCGGUGCCGGUGGGCGAGGUGCCCGACUACCUGGACAUCGUCGAGGAGCCGAUGGACUUCCGCACCAUCGCCGGCCGCCUCGCCGGCGGCGAGUACGGCGACGACGCGCUCGCGUUUGCGUCGGACGUGCGGAAGGUCUUUACGAACGCCGUCAAGUACAACUGGUCGCCCGACCACCCGUGCAACAUCGCUGCGCGGGCGGGGCUGCGCGAGUUCGAGCAGCUCUUCGCGCGCGCGAACGGCAACGGCUCCGCCCCCAAGCCGCCCCCGCCCUCCGCCCAGCCGCACAAGAAGCGCCACCGCGAUGGCGGAGGAGGAGCCGCUGGGUCGGCGGACAGAGACCGCGAGCUCAUCGCGGGGCUGGGCGAGUACCUCGUGUCGUGCGGCGGCGCGGAGGGGCUGGUGGACGGCUGGUACACCCGGACGGAGGUCCGCAAGGGAGGGGGCACGGCCGGCACGUUCGACACGUACUUCUUCACGCCCGCCGGGAAGCGCUUCCGAUCUCGCGCCGAGAUCGCGCGGUUCUUCCAGCUCGAGGCGGCGCCGGCGAAGUCUGCCAAGUCGCAGGACGCCGAGGAGAGGAAGGCGCUGAAGAGCGCCGAGCGCGAGGCGAAGAAGCAGCAGAAGGAGGAAGCUGCGGCGGCGCGCCAGGCGCAGCUCGACGCGGAGCGGGCGCUGCGAGAGCGGUACCCCGUCCCCGACGAGAGGUUGGCGGAGGAGGAGCCGCACGAGCCGCCUCUCGGCCCUCGCCCGACACCGCUGCCAGCAGGAACCGGCGCCGUGCCCGCCUCGGCUGUUUGCGACUUCCUGCGCGCACUCGGCCCCCAGCUGCAGCUGCCCUCGUACUCGCCUUCGGAGCUCGCGGCGGCACUGGUCGAGUCGGAGGGCGAGCCGAACCCGAAGCUCGCUGACCUGACGCAGGCUUGCACUCUUGCGCUGCUGCAGCUCGUGCUGACCGACAAGUCGCUCGGCGAGUGGUGGGGCGUGCGGGAGGCGCCGAACGGGCCAAAGGCGGCCUUUGCGAGGGCGUCGUCCGACUCGAAGAAGGUCAAGUGGUGGGAGGCGGACGCGAAGCCGCUGCUCAAGGUCGACCUCGAGGCGAUCCUCGCGUCGAGCGAGCCGACGUCGCGCACUCGCCGCUGGGUGGCGCAGCUCGAGACGGUUGCUCCGAUGCGCACAAACACCGGCGUCCCGAUCCGGCAAGCGCUGGUUGCGGCGAGGGCCAUCUCCUCCGACGGCGAGGUGCGGAGGUACCUCGACCGCGCAAUCUCGCACUGGAAGGGCAACGCCGCGGGCACGACAAAGUUCGCCGCUCUUUGGCUCGCGGCCCAGGUCCGGCGGAGCCGGCCGCAGAUCUUCACGGCGGAGGGGAUGGCGGCGGUCGAGGCGGAGGAGGACGGCGGCGUGGACACGUCCUUGGACACGUCCGAGGACGUGCCCCCGCCCGAGGAGGAGGAGGACGGCGCCUCGGAGCUCGCGCCGUCGGAGCCGCUCUCGUCCGGCGGUGACGCCUCCGCCCUCGCGCUGCCCUCGGCCUGCGGCGGAGCGAGCCAGCUGGAGCCCGCCAUCCGCGCGCUGCUGGGCCAGUCGCCGUCGCUCGCCCACGAGGUCUACAGCCGGCUGCCGCCGCUGCAGAAGCUGGGCUUGCUGCGCGUGCUCGUCGACGGCGCGUGCGACUCGCCGCACACCGCCAAGGCGGUGGACGAGGCGAUGGCGAGGCGGAGGGGGGUGAGUGAGGUUGCGGUUAGCCUCGAGGUGCAGAAGCGGCAGGAGGCGCUAGCGUGCGGCGGGCAGGCGGAGUCCGACCUCGCUGUCGAGCUCGAGCUGCAGGCCGCGAACGGGAUCGACUCCGACGGACGCGACUUCUCGGCCGCCGAUCGGGAGUGGCACCGUCAAAGAGCCGCCGACUUGGAGGGCAUCGUUGCGCGGCGCGACCUGAUCAAGCACCGGCGGGACACCUUUGGCCCAGCGCGCGACGCGGCGCAGUAG